UACUAUUGGUUGAUAUUGAAGCUAAAAUUGAGGACCAAAUUUAGUACAUGCCAUAGGAUUACCAAAUUAUCUCUAAUGGCUAAAUUGCAAACUCUUUAUCUCUUCUCUUACAAUUUUCUUCAGUUUCUUGGAUGGACAUUAGCCCUUUUUAGAAUUUUGAGCAAUUUUAUUUCCACCAACUCAGUCACUGGGGUUUAUGCUUCUGCUGGUGAACUAAUUUGUUUGCUGCAAUGUUGUGCAUUCUUGGAAGUUAUACAUGGAGCUAUUGGGAUUGUUCCUACUGGGGUAGUGCUUCCUCUGAUGCAAUGGAGUGGACGAACUCAUUUUUUGCUAGCAAUUGUUCGUCAAAUUGUUGAGCUCCAGGAAUCGCCUUCAGUGUUCAUAACGUUUUCCGCUUGGAGCUUAAGUGAGGUGAUCAGAUACUCACACUAUGCUUUGAGUUGCAUUGGGAGUCCACCAUACUUGAUCACAUACCUCAGGUACACUGCUUUCAUUUUACUGUAUCCCGUUGGAGUCGGACCUGGUGAAAUAUGGCUUAUGUACCAGGCACUUCCGUUCAUUAAAACGAGAAACCUGUAUGCAGAUACUCUUCCUUUCAGUUAUUAUAACUUUGUCAAGGUUCUGCUUCUGUUAUACCCUCUUCUAUGGCUCAAACUUUAUCUGCACUUGUUCAAGCAACGCCGAUCAAAGCUGGGUAAAUAUCACAAGACAAAGAAGACAUGAGAGUCCAUGAAAACUUAAAUUAAGGGUUCAU